AUGGCUCUUGGAAGUACUUCAGCCACUCCUGUUGCUUCCAAUGUGGGGGGAAAUGAAGAGGAGGAAGAGAAGAAGGAGGAGGAAACGAGGAGGCAGUCGUGUGAAAAUGUUGCUACUGCUACUGCCCCAGACCUUUGGGUCCCCACUCAAGAAGAAAAUGUUCAGCCUGCCUCGUAUGCCGUGGCUGCUUUGGUGGUAAUUAACAUGGAUGUGGCAGUCGCGAAGGAACCAGUCACGUUAUCGGCACAAAGUUCUUACGCGUACGAAUGCAGCUCUACCACAACGGAGUCUCCCGAACGAAAUUUGGAAGCAAGUGAGGUUCGUAAGCUGACCUUUGACAGCUACGAUGCCUCUCAGAGGGAAGAAAAAAAAGCGGUUUCUCUUGAGAAACUUACGGCAGAGGAAGUUGCACCGCCUGCUCUCCCACUGCAGCAAGAGAGUGAAGCCUUUUCUCAGCCGUUUUACGCUUGUAUCAAUGCCCUCUCCACGCCUGAAAUGGAGCUCCCGGAGGCGUAUCGGCUACUGGAGGCAACGCGCCAAGAGAUGGCGGUUCCCCUCAGUUUCCCACGUGCUCCACGUCGUCGUGAUGACUGCCGGCGCGAGGAAGGGCGUGGUAGUUUGGUCUUGGUAACGGGUGAACUGCCUCUGGUGCAUACGCCACGUAUUCAGGAACCGCACACCCCACCGCUGUCGGAGCAGCCAAAAAGAUACUCUCCCUUACCAAAGCAGCAGCUGAGUGUGCCUGAUGUUCACAGCCCAAUGACCUCACGAACAAAUACCACGGCGUUGUUAUGUUUUGACCGUUCUCCGCUUCCACGACCGGUAACACUACUUUCACAGGUUCGGACUCCCAUGCCUUCUUCACAGACAAAAGUUUCUGUAACACUCUCACACAGCCCGAGCGAGGAUCGCAGUAAACUGUCUACCCUCACUCCCCAGGCGGAGACCUUCAAAUUCAACAAGGGGGGCCCUGAAGAUGAGUCUCAGUAUGAGAAACGUUAUCCGGUUGACGAACGUGCGCUGGAAGCAACCCCGUCGUGGCCAUCUGCACGCUGUCGCUCACGCUCCACUGGCAGCCGAAAGUCAAUGGUGGAGCAACUGAUGGAGUGUUGCUCGCCAGAUGCUCGGAAGGAAGUGGAGCACCUCGUUGCUACAGAGGCAGCCAAACAAACCCCGUCGCUGCACCGUGGAAGUGGUCAGAUUUCUGAAGCGUUAACAGACACUUCAUCCAUUUCACAGCGUGUGGUCACACGACCACGUAGGCAUUACUACGACUACACCUACUGGGAGCGGUACCUGCGCGAGGUCACGAGGCAAAGUGCGAAGAAGGAGCGAAGAAAAGAUGCAAAGAAGUCAAAUCGAGCUGCGAGAAAAACUGCGGCAUUGACCGUGGCGGUGGAGUCGGAGGCCCAUAUGAAGCGGCAAGGCCUUCCUGAUCAAGAGAUCGUCUCGCCGCCUGCGGAGUCAACGCCGGAAGCAAAGUCUGCAGUCACAUCAGCUUUGCGGAGGGCAACGGAGGCGGUACAAGAGAAAGCUGCUUGGCGCCCGUCACAGUUGCAGUCCGGUCACACAAAGAAGACAUCCGCUAAGUGUGCGUCGCUGAAGAAGACAAUGUCGCGAAAAGGCCGCGAACAGAUUUCCCGCCGUCGACGUCGUUCAUCAGGAAAGCAGAAUCGACGUAAAUAA